UGCGCAGCUCAGCGGAGCCGCCACUUGUCCGCGGGCACAUGGUAGCGGAGCGUGCGCCUGGGCUCGGGCGCCCCUAGCAGCUGCAGCCCCGCCGCCCCCAUGUUCUCCCUGUGCAGCGCUGCGGGCCGAGCGGUCAGCAGAGCUGGUGGUCCAAGGCUUUUACUGAGAAUGACAUUAGGAACAGAAAUUACUACCCAUCUCCAGGCCUCUUCAUAUGCAGCAUCAGACCGAAACUUUUUGAAAUGGGACCUGUCACCAGAGCAAAUCAGAACAAGGACAGAAGAUCUGAUCAUGAAAACAAAGCAAGUGUAUGACAACGUUGGAAUGCUUGAUUUUGAAAAAGUAACAUAUGAGAACACUAUGCAGGCUCUGGCCGACAUAGAAGUGGAGUAUACAGUGGAAAGAAGCAUGCUGGAUUUCCCGCAGCAUGUCUCGUCCAACAAAGAUGUGCGCUCAGCAAGCACAGAAGCUGACAAAAGACUUUCUUAUUUUGAUGUGGAGAUGAGCAUGAGAGAAGAUGUAUUUCAGAGGAUUGUUUAUUUGCAGCAAAUAUGUGAUCUUGGACAUCUAAAGCCUGAAGCUAAGCGAUACUUAGAAAAGUCAAUUCAAAUGGGGAAAAGGAAUGGACUCCAUCUUCCCAAAGAAGUCCAGAAUGAAAUAAAGACCAUGAAGAAAAAAUUGAGUGAGCUGUGUAUAGACUUCAACAAAAACCUCAAUGAGGAAAACACAUUUCUUAUGUUUUCUAAGGAUGAACUUCAAGCCCUUCCUGAUGACUUUAUUAAUAGUUUAGAGAAGACUGAAAAGAACAAGUAUAAAGUUACCUUAAAGUAUCCCGACUAUUUUUCUGUCAUGAAAAAGUGCUGCGUUCCAGAAACAAGAAGAAAAAUGGAAACUGCCUUUAACACAAGAUGCAAGGAGGAAAAUACUAAUAUUCUUCGGCAGUUGCUUCCCUUAAGGGCAAAAGUAGCAGAACUUCUUGGGUACAAUACACAUGCCAACUUUGUACUGGAGGUGAACACUGCAAAGAGCAUGGAUAAUGUAACAACCUUUUUAGAUGAUUUAAGUAAGAAGCUAAAACCACUGGGUGACGAGGAGAGAGAGUUUAUUCUGGAUUUGAAGAAAAAGGAGUGUGAAGAAAGAGGCUUUGACUAUGAUGGAAGAAUCAAUGCAUGGGAUUUACAUUAUUAUAUGAACAAGACAGAAGAGCUUAAAUAUUCCAUAGAUCAAGAGAAGCUGAAGGAAUACUUUCCAGUUGAAGCUGUUACACAAGGCUUAUUGAACAUUUACCAGAAGCUGCUUGGACUUGUAUUUGAGCAGGUAGAAAAUGCUCAUGUUUGGCAUGAGAGUGUUACUCUUUAUACAGUAAAAGACGAUUCAACAAGAGAAGUUUUAGGUCAGUUCUACUUAGACCUCUAUCCCAGAGAAGGGAAGUAUGGGCAUGCAGCAUGCUUUGGUCUCCAGCCUGGCUGCCUACGCUCUGAUGGCAGCAGAAUUAUGUCUGUAGCUGCUCUGGUGACCAACUUCACAAAACCAAUAUCAGAUCGCCCAUCAUUGCUGCGACACGAUGAGGUGAAGACUUACUUCCAUGAGUUUGGACACGUAAUGCACCAGAUAUGUGCACAGACCGACUUUGCUAGAUUUAGUGGAACUAAUGUGGAAACAGACUUUGUAGAAGUUCCUUCACAAAUGUUUGAGAACUGGGUAUGGGAAAAAGAACCUCUACAGCAAAUGUCAAAACAUUAUAAAGAUGGGAGCCAUGUUGCAGAUGCUCUUCUUGAGAAACUUGCUGCCUCUAGAAUGGCCAAUACAGGUCUUUUGACUCUUCGUCAGAUUGUUUUGAGCAAGGUUGACCAGUCCAUUCAUACCAAAUCAUCUGCUGACCCUGCAGAUGAAUAUGCCAAGUACUGCAUGGAGAUUCUGGGAAUUUCUGCAACCCCAGGGACAAACAUGCCGGCUACUUUUGGACAUUUGGCAGGUGGCUAUGAUGGCCAAUACUAUGGAUAUCUGUGGAGUGAAGUUUUUUCCAUGGAUAUUUUUUAUAGCUGCUUUAAAAAAGAAGGAAUAAUGAAUCCAAAGGCUGGAAUGAAAUACAGAAACCUUAUCCUGAAACCUGGAGGAUCUUUGGAUGGGAUGGAUAUACUCCAAAAUUUCUUACAGUGUAAACCAAACCAGAAAGCUUUCCUAUUGAGUAAGGGAUUGAAUAUUCAAUGAAGCAACUGAUCCUUUGGAAUGGUACAUCAGCAAGGUGGGCAUCUUGAAAUCUCAGUGUAUUUCAUGCCUUUCUUAGACAAUGUAUCACACAAGGGAAAACCAGUAACUUUUAGAUUUUUUUUUAAAUUAUUAUUGUAUAAAUAAACAAUUUGAUUUGAAGUCUCACAGGGCUACAAAACUUAACACAUUGUACAAACACAUUCUAAGAUACUGUGAUGAAAUUUGUAUAGUGAUUUUAUUUGUGAAUUGUUAUGAAAUUCUACAAAUUAAUCUAGGAAAAAUACUGACUUGUAUCUCUCUUAAAAGAGACAUGGUUGAAUUAUUCUUUAUGAAUUAAUUUAAAAAUGAGAAAAUACAUUCCCCAAAAUUAAAUAAUUGAUUAAUUUUUAUUCUACAGUUUCUUUUAUUGUACUGAUAGCUCACUAACAUCUACUGUCUAAAUUAAACGCUCUUUACUAUGAUUUGGGUUUAUCUUGCUUCCAGGCAGACGAUCCAAGAAUCAGACUUGGGAGAGGUGUUUUGCUCCUGAGGGUGUUAUUGGAUGAGAGAUUUGCAUUGAUGAAACCUUCAUCUUUUAUUUUUAUGUUAAACUAUCAUCAUGUACCAUGUAAUUUAAGAACUUCUUUCCUAAUUUCAGUUGUGUCUCCUGGGUUGGGUGAAACAGGUAAAGAAGCUAAGAUCCUUGCAGUUCUAUCAUUAUCUUCUAUUUUUGUUGAUAUAAAGCUUUAUUCUAGGUCACCAUCCUAGACUAGACUAGAAAGCAAUACUUGUACAAUUAUAAUAAUUUCAAUUGUUCUGUGAAGUCUUUCAUGAUAUGUAGAAAAAAAACAAUUUAUGUCUGAGGUAAAUUUUAAUAGAUCGUGAAAAUCAAUCCAAGAAUGGUAUCCAUGUGCCCUGAAUCUUAUUAGUAAUUCUUUCCAAGGUGGCAACCAGGAGAUGUUCCAAGAAAAGUCACAUAACUUAAUUAUUUUACAUGUUGAUGGAGAGCGUGACUGUAAGUUCAUGCAGUGGAUUGCAUUGCAGUUUCCUCCAAUAGAAAAUAACUACUUAUGCAAUUACCCAAAUAAAACCAUAGGCGCAGAGGCACUCAUUCUUGGACUAUAUAUAGGCAUCACCCUUAAUUUCCAGUUUUCCACUCCCAGCUUUUGGCAAACAGAGGCUAGGGACACGCAGAGCAUGGUGUUGUAUCCCUGCUUAUCCUGGCUAACAGCCAUUGAUGGACCUAUCUUCCAUGAACUUAUCUAGUUCUUUUUUGAACCCUGUUACAAUUUUGGCCUUUACAACAUCCCCUGGCAAAGAGUUCCACGUGUUGUCUGAGUGUU